GUUGGGAAAUAGAAUAAUUUAUAAGCUCUGUUGUUUUGACAGCUGGGAAAAUCAGCUAUGUCGAGGGGAUUGUGAUUAUUAUCCGAAUGUUGAGCGAUCGAAACCUUCCGAUCAAAAAAUUGUGAUCAUCUGCUGUCAUUCAAGUGGAAAAGUACUCAAUACCAGAGCAAAGCUACCGUGUUCAUUCAAUCGAGCCGUGUGAAGUCUUCAUUGAAAAUCUUCUUGGUGGCUAUUUUGACUUUCAUAGUUUUAUCUUACGCUAAUAACUGACCCCCUAGUCUUCCAUUUUGCUGCAUGCAAAUGAUGGAAAUUGUGAAUAUGCGGUGUAACCGACGUCUGCCUUGAUGUAAGCUGUAUCUGCGUGCCAUCAAGUCAAACGUUUCUGCGAGAGGAAACCGAGUGACUUUAGCUUGUCGUUAUACUCACAAUAGAUUCAUCACGUUUACUAUUGUGGGCUUUGUCUGGGGGUAGACUCGUUUCUAACUUUGGACGUCAAACAGAAUGAGAGGAAUUGAAAAAAUACUGCAUUGGUAACAUAGUAGUCAUGGUCGAUGUUAAUAGCCACGAGGUUUUUGAAGCUGGAGACAUAAUUAAGUAUGGUUACAUGAGGAUUAAAAGACCGCCAUCAUCAACCAAAGUUCGGAUUAAGGCAUGGCAAUCAAAAUUUUUUGUUUUGAGAGACAAGACACACAAUUCAGCUCAGAGAUUGGAGUAUUACAAGGAUGAAACUGCAUUUGGAUUUCAAAAAUCAGUGGAGUAUUCCUUUGGAUUGGAUAGAAUUGCCUUCAUUGGUAAAACACAAAGUUCUAAGGCCAAUUCCUAUCCAAUAAUGGUGGUGUGCAGUAAGCAGGGAGCUUUAACAUUGGCUUGUGAUACAGAACAAGCCAGAAAAGACUGGUUGUUGAUGUUGAACAGAGUUUCCAUUAAAGAAGGUGGAACAAACUCCUCAGACAUGUGGGCAAAUGUCACAGUUGAUGUCAGUCCGGUCUCAACACCAGAGCUUCCAAGACAAUUAUCUACCAGGUUGUCAACACUGCAUUCCAAGUCACAUAGUGAAUCAGCAGAUGUGUCCCCAGGGGCAACCUGCAAGGCAGCAGGUUAUUUUGUCACUACAAGGCUCACCCCCCAUUCAGAGCAGAACAAUAUCAGGGGAGAUUUUCUGAUGUGUAUUUCUGAUGGAGAGGUACUCCUAAAGUCUGCUAUUGAAAGGAGUCAGACAGUGGUGUCGUGGGCUGUGGCUGAUUUACGAGCUUUUAAGAGUGAACCCGCAGUUAAUGUAGCAGCUAAAGAUAUGCAUCUUCUCACACUACAGGUUGGAAGACGCACUUCGACCGGUGAAGGAAUAUUCCAGUUCUUGACUAAACAUGGCGACACUAUCGCCGACGAAAUUCGACAUCACUCGCGCUACGUCGUCAAGUCGGCAGCGGAGAAGCGCGAGGCUUUCCGAAGGAGCUCGACCAACAGCCAAUCGAGGUCUCCACCAAGUCUUGGUUCGCCCAAAAAGCUUUCAAAAAUGAUGACCGCGCCAACGGGAAGGAUUGCGAGUGUACUGAAAAGGGAUAAUAGUUUGGCGACUGAAAUUGCCAGAAAACGAGCCGAUACCGAUCCCUUCGUAGGCCAGGGAUUAGAUGAGAAUGGAGCCGCUGAACAGAGUGUAAGAGAAGAAGACGUUGUAUCCCGAUCGAGAUCUGCCACCGAGUCGUCUGUCGAAAAAACUAGUGAUGAUGACGUAUUUGUUACACGGCGAGCAUAUUCCGAGAUUGAUGCAAACAACGGCGUGAGCGAGGAGUCGGAAAUCAGCCCUUACAUCGAUCUACUCUCAGACGAGAACGCGGAGCCGAUCCACAUUUCCGAUCCAGUUCCGCCCUCACGUAAAACCUCCACCGAUUCCUUUACAAGCACGAGCUCAUUUGGAAGCGAAGAGGGAAGCAUGCGCUCUGCCAACUCUCUGUCCAGGACCUUCCCAAACACGCAGUUAAUUCCGGAAGAAAAUGAAAUGGACUCUGAAGGAUAUGUUAGAUCCGAGGUACUACAGGAGAGCAUUCGCACGGAUAAUUCUUUUUCUAGGACCUUUACAAAUGUACAACAAAUUACGGAAGAAAACGAAAUCGACUCUGAAGGAUAUAUAAAAUGCGAGGCCUUACAGCCUGGGCCAACUGAAAGCGGCCUCGACGGAAACGGGAACGUUUUAGAGUGUUUCGUGUCCGAGAAAUGGACGGAUAACCAGAUGGGCGAAACCUCCGGUAACCAUAGUCUACAGGGCUCUCCUGUUGAUGCACAUUCAGCGAAGAGUAAUAGCCCAGAACUUUCACUAGCUACUGCGCGAGUUAGUCAAAAAACACGCGAGAAUCUAUUUUCCGAACUAAAUGACGCGAACUGCGGUGAAAUCCAACCAAAAUCAAAGUUAGAAAAGGAGGAAGCUGUCAAGUCGGAAAACGUUUUACCUCCAAAAACUAAACCAGAAAGCGAUGCUCUUCGGGCCCCCUUCAAUUUUGAUACCUCUAAUCCUGAGCUGAUGAAAAAUAUGUACGAAAAACUUGUCGCUCAGAUGGAGAAACCGCAAGAAAACGAUGUCAACCUCUUUCCAUCUCCGCGUUGUAAGCGCAACAGUAUUGGGCCUGUUUCCGUGGAGACGGUGCGUGAAGUCCAACAAACAUCGGUAACUUCAGUGAAGGGGAAAGUUACUCAUCUUUCACUCAAGAAACAUUCUGUUAUCGAGAAAAGUAAUUCACAUUCUGAAGGAUUCGGAUUACGUCCUCCCUUUCCGGGUCCUCCGCCAUUGCCAGUUCGUCCCACGUCCAGCGAAGUGAUCCGAAGACGAUCCACCACGGAAAUCUCCGAAGAACUCCAGAAAAGACCCGAAUUGGCGGCCGCUCAUCGUUCGACGUUCUUCGCCAAGGGUAUGGGCAACGUAGAUCCGCUAAUAUUUCGAACUCCUAUCAAGAGUAAUAUCAAUUCCAGCCACCUGAGCGGAGAGGCGGCCAUUCAGGCACGGCUUAUUGAGAAAACUGAAAUGAGAGAUGAACUGGCUCAGUGUGCGACAAACCUGGCUCCAGGUAGUGAACUUCCGACCUGUUCAACUUCUCACGGGGGAAGCCAUGAUGAUUUAUUCACUACUAAUAGCGAUCCCUCAGAGAAGAGUUUAUGGAAAUCGACCGAAAACUUAGAGGACGAUGGACUUAAAGAUAUGAAACGUAAAGAUUCAAAGGCCAGCAAACUUGUGAAGAAAGUGUGGAAGCAUGCGCGAAAACCAAGGCGAGGGAGUAACGAGUCGCGAGGUGAGGCAUCCGAAGAAUUACCGGAAAAAUGUAGGAGAGAUUCGCUGUCGCCCGGCGAUGUCAUGGAUGUUCAAGGACGAUUUUCAGGAAGCGAACCAAGUACACCAGAAAUGUCCCCUCAGAUGAGCAGAAAAUCGUCCAAGUCGUCACCAAAAGCCUCGCGCAAGACAUCCAGAGAGGAAAAAGUGAAAAAAGACAAAGAAUCACCUGAUACUACUGCAAAAUUCUCACCCGCUUCCAAGAUUCUGCGUAAGAUAUCCAAAGGUAGUGAUGCAAGGAAGGAUGAACCUACAGCGAAAAAGGUUUCCAAAGAGGAUUGGUUGGAGAAAGAGGGUUUCACGGCUGAUCAAACAGCAAAACAAACGGCUUCAGCAAGUUUAUCGUCUACUUCUACAAACAAACAGAAGCAAAGAAAACUUGGAAACGUCGAACAUGUCCAAACGGACUUGAAGAAUGAUACUUGCAGAUCAAACCAAAGUAUUAAUGAAAGAACUGAAGCAUCUUGUCCAAUAGAUGGGCUUGAUCGUGACACGAUUGACAUCGAGUGUCCACAAACCAUAGACGACCACGCCCCCGCGCCAGCCCUCCCCCCACGGAAGAAAUUCAACCCUCCUCCCCUGCCACCCAGACUGUUAAAAUCACCUAGUAACUCGAGUUGUACGGCUACCGCUCAUAUGAGCACACCUCUCCCAAAUGGAAGAACACAGCCUGUUGCUCCAUCCGCUAGGGAGGGUAGACGUCACAGUGGAUCAAGAAGUAUGAGUAGUUCUGUGAAGGAAGAGUUUCUCCCUCCCCCACCCGUUCCACCACGAAGAGAAAAUGCCCAGUCACCCGAUCCUAAGAAAAUGAUGUCAAACGGACGGACCUCUGCUCGUGCUCCUGUUAUUCAGCUGACUUGCUCCUCAUCGGAAAAUAAGGAUGACUGCUUUGAAAAGUACAAUUCGGCAGAUUCCGAGGAGGGUAUGGUAAAUUCGCCAAACGAUAAGGCCCCAGACCAAAACCCUCCGACCAUGUCAGCCGCUCAUCAGGUACAUGAUUCUCUGUCGCAGCCAGUCCCCCUCCGGCCACCCAAGGGAGAACAAAAAGCCCAAGCUAGAGAAUUCUUCCGUAGCCGCGCGAACCAGCAAGUUUGUAUCCCAUCCUCGGAUUCAGAAUCCUUGGAAAUGGACGCACCGGAUCAGGGUGAGGAUCGGUCAAAAGAUAGUUCCGCGCAGCAGCCUUCGCAGCCGAAUCACAUGGUUGGGUUGUCACCAGGUCCAGUUAGCUCAGGAAAGAUUUGCGUAAUGAGAACACAGAGGGAGGCGAUGCGUCUGAAGAUCAACUUAAUGAAAGAAACGUCGGUUGACGAUGACGAUGCCCCGUUCGAGAGCGAUGAUAGUGGAAUCACUAGCGUUAUAGGUGAAAACUUUGAAGGCCAAAUCGCGCCGAAAAGACCGAGCACACCCUUAAAUAUUCAAAGAAAUUCAUUAACACUGUCCAGUGUGAGCAUAACGUAGGUUCAACCGCUUGUGAGCGGGAAAGGGCCGGGGGGGGGGGUGUGUUGUUUGAUAUUAGAAGCUCAAGUUUAUGAAAGCAUAGAAUUACAGAGUAAUUUUGUUAACGAGAAGUAAACGGCGUAGACUGUUAUGUUUUAAGCUUAAUUUUGGUCAUAAUAUACUGGAUUUUCAAUUUUUCAGUAGUUUAUAGGAAAACGAAUGAAGCAUCAUAGAGCACAGAACAGCUUUUAUCGUUUGCUCUCUAUUGUGCCACAAAACGGCUGAAACUUCUUGAAAUGUAUGAUCUGUGCACGUUUUAAGUCAUUUUCCUUGCAAAAAAUAUUCGUCGGUUCGAUAACGAUCAUGAAGGAAAUUGUAGUUUAUUUACUGGAUAUAUCAUGUGAAGGAAACGAAUAAGGCGAAUGUGGACUUGGCAAGAAAGUAAUUUUCUUCGUUUUUGAAAUAAGUGCGAUACCGUUUCAUAAUUAGAUUGAAACACGGGUUAGUAUGACUCAAAAGAGACAAAAAGGGGAAUAGUAUUUGUAGAAUAAUGUAGAAAUAUAUUGUUUCUUCUCUCCAUAAGUUGCUCCAAGAGUGCGACUUCUUUUGGGUAGGACUUUUGACUUGUUUUGUUUCCGGUUACGUAGUUUUGUUUUUAUGUUUAUCCCCAUCUAUGUUAACUCUGAAUUAAGAAUGAAAGCACGAAUAUCGUGUUCAUUUCUCUGAUGUCAGCUUAAUUCGAGCUGUAAGGUAGCAGGGCGGAAUAAUGGGUAAAUAUUAUAUAUUUAUGCGUCUUUUAUUAGUCACACUGAGUGAAAGAAAACUUUCCUUCCGUAUUUAACGAUUCCUUGACCAUGAUGUAAGGUAUGAUAAAAUCAUUUCUAUUUGACAGAAGGUACUGUGUACCCUAAGAAUAUUUAGCAUUUAUUUACAGUUAGUAAGGUAAACAAAAUCUCGAACAGAAUUCACUCUAUUUAAAGUGGUCUUCUUAGUAAAAUUUAUUGUAAGUGAAUUAAUUUUUAGUUGUUAUUUGAGCAGUAGCGUUGAUAUUUAAAAUUAAUUGUAAGGGUUGAAGGUAUUUUAAAAGCAGCUGCUUGAUUAUGAGUAUUAAAUGGAAGUUAUUAGUAAUGUGGUAAAGUUUCGUGGUCGUUGAUCACAUAGUAACACUGAAUAGGACAAAUUAAAUACGAGACAAUUUUAUCUCGA